UAGCCGUGGUAAUGUAGUGUACAGUGUGAUCUGUGAGUGUGACCCUGUUAUGGCUGUGGCAGCGCUAAGCUGUGUGAUUAGUGAUGCAUGGCGACGCUACUCCCAUUGUUUCCUGGCUUGUGGGCUCCCGGUGUAGCCAGUAAGCAGGCGCAGUAGUGAGGUCAGACCCUUAUAGUGCCCGUCUGACCCUACUGCCUAGCCAGGGAGCAGCGGGGCCCCCAGGCGUAUUGGUGGCCAUAUAUGUAGUGCCAUGUAAGUCUAUAGUUGUCUCAUAUGAUUAUAUGACGCUGGUGUCUCUUUAGUGCCAAAUACAGCUAGAUAAAAGCGACUUGCUGAGCAGUGAAUGGGAAGCAGUGUUCCCUGGCCACAGCGAUGCUGGCAGCGGUGAUACAGGAAUAUUGGUAAUAUAGGAAUGGUUUACCACUGUUGUGUCCCAGCAUAUUACCACUUACAAUGAAUGCCCUGACCUAUUGUGCUGUGCAUUCAGCGGAUGAUGACGCCAAUGUUACAUACAGUGACAUGCAGGUAAAGGUCGCCCAUCCCAGGUUUCCACAUUUAAAGAUGGAGCGCAACAAUAUGCAAUUUUUCUGCAGUUCUGAUGUCUCCUAAUUUUAAUUCUACUCAUUCCAAAUUUUAUACCCCGUGCAAUGGCAAACAAAAAGGAACCUCCUUUUUUUAAUGAAGAUAAAGUCGGAUCGCUCCAUUACAAGCUACCUUUUUAUGAGACAAUGGAACUGUUAAUUGAAACCCUUACAGGGACAUGCUUUGAGCUGCGGGUGUCCCCCUUUGAAACGGUGGUCUGUGUAAAAGCUAGAAUUCAGAGGCUGGAAGGUAUUCCCAUUAGUCAACAACACUUAAUUUGGAACAACGUGGAACUAGAGGAUGAAUUUUGCUUGAAUGACUAUAACAUCUCUGAAGGAUGCACCUUGAAGUUGGUGUUGGCUAUGAGAGGUGGUCCAAUUAACACACGGAGAGUGCCUCUGGAGGAUCCAAUCAGGGAGAUAGCAGAGUACAUGGAUCCUGUGCAAGAUGAGUUGUGGGAAAAGACCUCCUCGAAUAAGCAGGUUACCUUUUUGGUAUACCGUGAAGGAGAUCAACUGAAUUUCUUCCGUGUGGUGGACAGAGGGGAUGGUACACUAACUCCGCUAUCAGAAUCUCUCAGUGGAGGUUCGGUCUAUAACUUGUACACUGAAGAUGAGGAUGAAAUUGAGGCUUCUCCAUCUGGCCAACAGAUAAUAGAAAAUUCAAUCACUAUGAACAAAAUGAAGAUUUUGAAAUCAAAUAUGGAGAGCAUGAACCUAAAUAAAAAGCCGAAGAAAACGUCAAAAUUGAAACCUCGACCUCCUGUAGCUCCACGUCCUAUGACCACUGUUGGGCACAGACGUUUAAGAGUUCUUCCCCACAUUGAACAGACUUGUCUAUACCCAGGGAAUCCACACACCAUGGAGUCUUCCUACAAUGCACUUUCUACCCUAACUGCUGCUACUAGGACAAUACCUUCUAUUACUGGUGACUAUCUGAAUGAAGAUCAGACUUGGGAAGCCUCUGCACUGAUUCCAUCACUCACUAGUAUUAACAUACCUCCCAAAUUAUCCCGCGUAGAACUUGAAAAUGAAAGUCAUUUAACAAAUACAGUACUCCCCCCUAUUCCCAUUGCAAAUUUGCCUCUGAAAGAUGUUUUACCAAAAGAGAGUGAUUCCAUAUUGAGUCAAAAUCUAAAUCUGUUCUCAUCUGAAGAAGCUUCUAGGUCAAUUGCAGAGUCCUUUGCUUUAUUAACUGAUGUAGGAUUGUCCGAGCAGUACGGAGAGAUAUGCCAUUUGGGGAAGGUCAAGUCAGAAUUUGAGUUGUCUGAAGGAAGCAACGAACCACCCACUAUUGAGACCCAUCAAGUGACUGUCUCAAAAUCUUUCAACUCUGAUUUGAUGGAGACCUCUAUUAAUACCACAGAGAUGAGUCCUCCAAGAAGCAAAUUUUUGUCACCCAUCCAUUUCUCCACACACAUCAAUGACCACUCCUUUCCGAAGACACAACGACAACCUAAAUGUUUUGACCUGGGAAGCUUGAGGCCACCUACUCCACACUCUCCUUUCCAUUCUCUGCAUGUUCGCAACAUGGCUGAGCCCACAUUUUCCAGGACUACUAGAUUUAGAGGAGUCAAAGUUGAAUCUCCGGGAAAUCAGUCUGAUGUCAUUUCCAAAAUGGAGGCUAGGGACAUGACUGAAGUGGCUAAUAAGGCUUCUAAAGAACACAUGGGCUCACUGAAUAAUUUUGGAUUCUUUGCUUCGCUGGCUCGAAGCACAAGUAGGGACAACGCCAGCAGCAGUAUCUCUGGGACACUCAGGAAUCUUGCUCCACCUGGCAGUCUUCUGGAGAAGAGAAUCUCCCCUCCAAAUGACAAUUUAAACAUCUUCAUUACACCUCAUGGGCUUGGAGAGAGUGUGAGCAGUAAACGUUGUGGAAACAGCACAGUUGAAGCAACACCUUUAUUCCCUCCCGUUAAGUCUGCUCUUCGGAAUAAGAAGAAAACCGCAAAGCAUUGUCUUCAGUGUGGGAAGAAAACCGGUUUGGCGAGUAGCUUUGAUUGCAGGUGUGGAAACAAUUUUUGUGCCAUCCAUCGCUAUGCGGAAACUCACAACUGUACGUAUGACUACAAAACAACUGGAAGGAGAUAUUUGCAGGAAGUGAAUCCUCUGAUCUCUGCACCAAAACUCCCUAAAAUCUAAGUGUCCACUGUGCAUGGCUACACAUCCGCCUACACAGACAUCGAUAUUUUGCUAAUCAUGCAAUUUAUUUUUUGCCACUUCAAAAACUAAAACUUUGCCAAGUUGAAACAAUUUGUUUUAUUAAAAUAUGUGGAUACCAUUUUACUGGGAUACAUUCGGAGACUGGGGACAGUCGAUGUAUCAAAAAAGUUAUAAAAAAAAAAAAAAGUCUCACUUUGAUAUCUUUCCUUGAAUCACGUUGUGUGUUGUGUUUUAGAUUGGCAAGAAAAAUGCUAUUUCACUAGACAAGUCUUUCAAAAGAUGCACUUUACUGAGAAAUUAUUUACUGUAUAAUCUAAGGAUAUGGUAAGAGGGAGUCUUAUAUUUGUUUGUCUGUUUAAAUUAUUUCUAAAAUAUUUCAAGCUCCACAGUACAAAAAUAAUUGGUUUGAUCCAUCCAAAUUAAGAUACACAUUGAACAUACAGUAUAUUCAUUUCAGCCAUGCUCUUGGGUUUGCAAUGCAGUGUUUCCGGUUAUGCCAUUAAAUCAUGCAUUUUUAUUCUUUUGUAAUCUUAACUUUUUAAAUGUCAGGGUUUGUUCCUCCUAAAAUUACGGUUAUGAAAAUUCAAAUAAAUAUUGUCUUUUAAAA